GCGCUACCCGCGGAGCUCCAUCGAAGAUGACUUCAACUACGGCAGCAACGUGGCUUCGUCCAGCGUCCACAUCCGCAUGGCUUUUCUACGUAAAGUCUACAGCAUUCUUUCCAUUCAAGUUCUUUUGACCACAGUCACAUCUGCAAUUUUUCUAUACUCUACUGGAGUGCAGGCGUUUGUUCACGAAAGGCCUGCCUUGCUUUUGAUAUCUGGGUUUGGAUCUUUGGCUAUAAUCAUGGCACUGACCCUCUACAGACACCAGCAUCCUGUUAAUUUAUACCUGCUUUUUGGAUUUACCCUACUGGAAGCACUGACAGUUGCCAUUACAGUGAGUUUCUACGAUGUGUCUGUCGUCUUGCAAGCCUUUAUUCUUACUACAGCUGUAUUUCUUGGACUGACUGCAUAUACCUUGCAGUCAAAGAGAGACUUCAGCAAAUUUGGAGCAGGCCUCUUUGCUUGUUUGUGGAUUUUAAUCUUCUCAGGUUUCUUGAGGCUGUUUUUCUACAGUGAGACAAUAGAGUUGGUGUUUGCUGCUGCCGGAGCCCUCCUGUUCUGUGGAUUUAUUAUUUAUGACACUCAUUUGCUGAUGCAUAAGCUGUCCCCUGAAGAGUACAUACUGGCUUCAAUCAAUCUCUACUUGGACAUCCUCAAUCUCUUCUUACACUUGCUGCGUUUACUGGAGGCAUUUAAUAAAAAAUAGUCAGAAGUGGUGUGGUUUAACUAUAGUGUAUGUAAAGUUAAGCGUCUCAAUCAUCUGCGAAGUGUGUAGUUCUGUCUUCUAGAGACCGAAUCUUUAUUUCU